AUGGCCGAUUCAAAAGUAGAGACGAUCUCAAGACUGGCCCAAUGGAGAAUCGAGAAUUUCGGGCCUUGCUCUUACAAAAAGUCUGAUCCUUUCAAGCUCGGAAUUUGGAAUUGGCAUUUUUCUAUAGAGAAGAAUCGGUACCUCUACAUUCGUUUGUUUCCAGAGCCAUCACGGGUGUCCAAAGAACAGCCUCCUCUUGCUCGCUUUGUUCUUAGAGUCUCUAGUUCCGGCCCUGGCCGCAGACCCUACGUCUCUCCUGUUCAUGAAAGAUUGCUUCGCACAAAUGAAGACUUUGUCUGGCCUGUUGAUUCCACCUUCCUUGGUCGCUUCAUCAUUGAUGUUGAGUUUCUCGACUUGAAGAUAUGCCCUUUAAAUGGUGGGGAAGCUAGUCCUGUAUGGCCUGCUGAUGGAUUGAUGCAAUCUGUAUCAACCCAAAGCACUCUCCGAUGCCUCGCUCGCAUGCUUGAUGAGGGCAUCCAUGCUGAUGUCACUAUCUACACUGCCGAUGGCACUUUAAGAGCUCACAAAGCAAUUCUUUCUGCAACUUCUCCUGUGUUCCAAAGCAUGUUCAAUCACGACCUUAAGGAAAAAGAGUCCUCCACAAUCCACAUAAAAGACAUGUCCCUGGAAUCUUGUAUGGCUCUUCUCAGUUACCUGUAUGGAACCAUUAAACAAGAGAAUUUCUGGAAGCACCGGUUAGCACUUCUAGGUGCGGCGAACAAAUAUGACAUUGCAGACCUAAAAGAUGCCUGUGAGGAAAGCCUUCUGGAAGAUAUUAACUCCACAAAUGUCCUUGCGAGGCUGCAUGAGGCCUGGUUGUACCAGCUGCAUAUGCUGAAGAAAGGAUGCUUGAUGUACUUGUUUGAUUUUGGCAAAAUAUACGAUGUUAGAGACGAAGUAAACGACUUUUUCAGGCAUGCAGACAGAGACUUGAUGAUGGAAAUGUUUCAAGAGGUGCUUACUGUUUGGAAGCCUGUAUAA